AUGCCUGUCUGCCCCCAUUCAGCCCAGUUGCUGGGCUCCACCCUCACCUCUGCACAGAUGAGCCUGUCAGUGCAGCAGAAAGUGCCAGAACUACUCCAACAUGGCGGGAAUAUGGUCCCUGUGGCCUGGAGAUUUGGAGGCCAGACUGAGGCAGAAAGAGGUGGCCAAGUUGACCUGGUGGCGCAUGGGCUGAGAGCAUAUGAUGGCUUGUCUCUACCUGAGGAUGCGGAGACGGUCACGGCGGGCCGAGCAGGCUGGACCUAUUCAGACCUUUCUGACGAUGAGGACUUGCUGGCUGACGAAGCCUCCGGAGACGACCUGGGCAGCGGGGAUGUGGGCAGCGGGGACUUCCAAAUGGUUUAUUUCCGAGCCCUGGUCAAUUUCACCCGCUCCAUCCACUACAGCCCUCAGCUGGAGGACGCGAGCUCUGAGGCUUUCCGAGAAGUGUCCGAGGCCGUGGUAGACACGCUGGAGUCAGAAUACUUGAAGAUUCCUGGAGACCAGGUUGUCAGUGUGGUGUUCAUCAAGGAGCUGGACGGCUGGGUCUUUGUGGAGUUGGAUGUGGGCUCCGAAGGGAACGCAGAUGGGGCUCAGAUUCAGGAGGUGCUGCGAUCGGUCAUCUCUAGCGGCUCCAUUGCCUCUUAUAUCACCUCUCUCCAGGGAUUUCAGUUUCGACACCUAGGCACAGUGCCCCAGGUCCCAAGAGUCUGCACUGAGACCGAGUUUGCCUGCCACAGCCACAAUGAGUGUGUGGCCCUGGAGUAUCGCUGUGACCGCAGGCCUGACUGCAGGGACAUGUCUGAUGAACUCAAUUGUGAAGAGCCAGUCCCAGAGCUCAGCUCCAUAUCACCCUCUCUGGUGGAGACACCACCUAUAACACCCUCGCCAGAGGUAACCACCACACGGCUACUACCAGGCACCCUGACUCCCCAGCAUCUGCUCCCCCGUCCUGACAGGCCUGUGCCCUGUGGACCCCAUGAGGCCACAUGCCACAGCGGGCACUGCAUCCCCAAAGACUAUGUCUGUGAUGGGCAGGAGGACUGCAAGGAUGGCAGUGAUGAGCUGGACUGCGGCCCCACUCCGCCCUGUGAACCCAAUGAGUUCCCCUGUGGAAACGGGCACUGUGUCCUCAAGCUGUGGCGCUGUGAUGGUGACUCUGACUGUGAGGACCACACCGAUGAAGCCAACUGCCCUGCCAAGCGCCCUGAGGACGUGUGCGGGCCCACGCAGUUCCGCUGUGUCUCCACCAACACGUGUAUCUCAGCCAGCUUCCACUGUGAUGAGGAGAGCGACUGUCCUGACCGCAGCGACGAGUUCGGCUGCAUGCCUCCCCAGGUGGUGACCCCUCCUCAGGAGUUGAUCCAAGCUUCCCGGGGCCAGACAGUGACCUUCACCUGUGUCGCCAUUGGUGUCCCAACCCCCAUCAUAAACUGGCGGCUCAACUGGGGCCAUAUCCCGUCUCAUCCCAGGGUGACAGUGACCAGUGAGGGAGGCCGAGGCACGCUGACCAUCCGAGACGUGAAGGAGGCAGACCAGGGUGCCUACACCUGUGAGGCCAUGAAUGCCCGAGGCAUGGUGUUCGGCAUUCCUGACGGUGUCCUGGAACUCAUUCCGCAGCGAGGACCCUGCCCCGAUGGGCACUUCUACCUGGAGCACAGCGCCUCCUGCCUGCCCUGCUUCUGCUUUGGUGUUACCAGCGUGUGCCAGAGCAGCCACCGCUUCCGAGACCAGAUCCGGCUGCGCUUUGACCAGCCUGAUGACUUCAAGGGCGUGAACGUGACAAUGCCCGCGCAGCCCGGCGUGCCACCCCUCUCCUCUACCCAGCUGCAGAUCGACACUGCUCUGCAGGAGUUCCAGCUGGUUGACCUGUCCCGACGCUUCCUGGUCCACGACUCUUUCUGGGCUUUGCCUGAGCAGUUCCUGGGCAACAAGGUGGACUCCUACGGUGGCUCACUGCGCUACAAGGUACGCUAUGAGGUGGCACGAGGCACGCUGGAGCCAGUGCAGCGGCCGGACGUGGUCCUCGUGGGUGCUGGAUAUCGCCUACUCUCCCGAGGCCACACAUCCACCCAGCCCGGUGCUCUGAACCAGCGCCAGGUCCAGCUCUCUGAGGAGCACUGGGUCCAUGAGUCUGGCCAGCCAGUUCAGCGGGCGGAGAUGAUGCAAGUGCUUCAAAGCCUGGAGGCCGUGCUCAUCCAGACAGUGUACGCCAAGAUGGCCAGUGUGGGGCUGAGCGACAUCUCCAUGGAUACCACUGUCACCUACGCCACCAGCCACGGCCGUGCCCACAGUGUAGAGGAGUGCAGAUGCCCUGUUGGCUAUUCUGGCUUAUCCUGCGAGAGCUGCGAUGCCCACUUUACCCGGGUGCCUGGUGGGCCCUACCUGGGUACCUGCUCCGGCUGCAACUGCAAUGGCCAUGCCAGCUACUGUGACCCUGUGUAUGGCCACUGCCUGAAUUGCCAGCACAACACUGAGGGGCCACAGUGCAACAAAUGCAAGGCUGGCUUCUUUGGGGAUGCCACAAAGGCCACAGCUACGGCCUGCCGGCCCUGCCCUUGCCCAUACAUCGAUGCCUCCCGCAGAUUCUCAGAUACCUGCUUCCUGGACACAGAUGGCCAAGCCACGUGUGAUGCAUGUGCCCCAGGUUACACAGGCCGCCGCUGUGAGAGCUGUGCUCCUGGAUAUGAAGGCAACCCCAUCCAGCCGGGUGGGAAGUGCAGGCCCACCAACCAGGAGAUUGUACGCUGUGAUGAGCGAGGCAGCUUGGGGAACGCUGGGGAGGCCUGCCGCUGUAAGAACAACGUGGUGGGGCGCCUGUGCAAUGAGUGUGCUGCUGGUUCUUUCCACCUGAGUGCCCACAACCCCGAUGGCUGCCUCAAGUGCUUCUGCAUGGGCGUCAGCCGUCAGUGUACCAGCUCCUCUUGGAGCCGCACCCAGGUGCAAGGGGCCUCCGAGGAACCCAGUGGGUUCAGCCUGAUCACCGCUGCAGACACCCACAUGACCACCGUGGGCAUCUCAUCCCCCGCACCUGGAGAACUGGUCUUCUCCUCCUUCGACAGACUCCUAUCUGAACCCUACUUCUGGAAUCUCCCUUUGUCCUUCCGGGGGGACAAGGUCACCUCCUAUGGAGGAGAGCUGCGCUUCACAGUGACCCAGCAGCCCCAGCCUGGCUCCCCGCCCCUGCACAGGCUGCCAUUGGUGGUACUGCAGGGCAAUGGCAUCACCUUGGAGCACCACCCUUCCCGGGAGCCUAGCCCCGGCCAGCCCAGCACCUUCACUGUACCCUUCCGGGAGCAAGCAUGGCAGCGGCCUGAUGGGCAGCCGGCCACACGGGAGCACCUGCUGAUGGCACUGGCAGCCAUUGAUAGCCUCCUGAUCCGGGCAUCCUACAGCCAGCGGCCAGCUGAGAGCAGGGUCUCUGGCAUCAGCAUGGACAUGGCUGUGCCUGAGGACACUGGUCAGGAUCCUGCAGUGGAAGUGGAACAUUGCACCUGCCCACUCGGCUACCGUGGCCCAUCCUGCCAGGACUGUGAUAGAGGCUACACACGCAUGCCUAGCGGCCUCUACCUGGGCACCUGUGAACGCUGCAGCUGCCACGGCCACACAGAGGUCUGUGAGCCCGAAACAGGUGACUGCCAGGGUUGCCAGCACCACACAGAGGGCCCUCAGUGUGAGCAGUGCCAGCCGGGAUACUACGGGGAUGCCCAACGAGGGACACCGCACGACUGCCAGCCAUGCCCAUGCUAUGGACCCCCCUCUGCUGGCCAGGCCACCCAUACUUGCUUUUUGGACACAGAUGGCCACCCUACCUGUGACUCAUGCUCCCCAGGCCACAGUGGGCGUCACUGUGAGAGGUGUGCCCCAGGUUACUAUGGCAAUCCCAGCCAAGGCCAGCCAUGCCGAAGAGACGGCCAAAUGCCAGAGCCGAUCGGCUGUGGCUGUGACCCCCAGGGCAGCGUCAGCAGCCAGUGUGACGCUGCUGGCCAAUGCCAGUGCAAGGCCCGGGUGGAAGGCCUCACCUGCAGCCACUGCCGGCCCCACCACUUCCACCUGAGUGCCAGCAACCCGGACGGCUGCCUGCCCUGCUUCUGCAUGGGCAUCACCCAGCAGUGUGCCAGCUCCUCCUAUACCCGCCACCUGAUCUCUACCCGCUUUGCCCCUGGGGACUUCCAAGGCUUUGCCCUGGUGAAUCCACAGCGGAACAGCCGCCUGAUGGGAGGCUUCACUGUGGAACCCGUGCCUGAGGGUACCCAGCUCUCUUUUGGCAACUUCGCCCAACUUGGCCACGAGUCCUUCUACUGGCAGCUGCCGGAGAUAUACCAGGGAGACAAGAGGGAGGCAUAUUUUGCGCGAAUGCGCCGGGCUCACCAGUUCUCUCUCUCCUUCGAAGGCUUCUCUCUGCUUCCUGAAAGCCUCUAUUAUUGGCAGCUGCCCCGAGCCUUCCUGGGGAACAAGGUGGCGGCCUAUGGCGGGAAGCUGCGGUACACCCUGUCCUACACAGCGGGGGCACAGGGCAGCUCGCUCUCUGACCCUGACGUCCAGAUCAUGGGCAACAACAUCAUGCUGGUGGCUUCCCAGCCAGCACUGCAAGGCUCCGAGAGGAAGAACUAUGAGAUUGUCUUCCGAGAGGAAUUCUGGCGCCGGCCUGACGGGCAGCCAGCCACGCGGGAGCACCUCCUGAUGGCGCUGGCUGACCUGGACGAGCUCCUGGUCCGGGCCACAUUCUCCUCUAUGCCACUGGCGGCCACCAUCAGCGCAGUCAGCCUGGAGGUCGCCCGGCCAGGGCCCUCACAGGGACCCCCGGCCCUGGAGGUGGAGGAAUGCCGCUGCCCCCCAGGCUAUGUCGGCUUGUCCUGCCAGGACUGUGCCCCGGGCUACACACGCACUGGGAGUGGGCUCUACCUUGGCCACUGUGAGCUAUGUGAAUGCAAUGGCCACUCGGACCUGUGCCACCCAGAGACCGGGGCCUGCUCGCAAUGCCAGCACAAUGCUGCCGGAGAGUUCUGCGAGCUGUGUGCAGCUGGCUACUAUGGAGAUGCCACAGCCGGAACACCUGAGGACUGCCAGCCCUGCGCCUGCCCGCUGACCAACCCGGAGAACAUGUUCUCCCGCACCUGCGAGAGCCUGGUAGCUGGUGGGUACCGCUGCACGGCCUGUGAGCCUGGCUACACUGGCCAGUACUGUGAACAGUGCGCCCCAGGUUAUGUGGGGAACCCCAAUGUGCGGGGGGGCCGAUGCCUACCACAGGCAGACCAAUCCCCGCUGGUAGUCCAGGUACAACCAACUCGGAGCAUUGUGCCCCAAGGUGGCCCCCACUCCCUGCGGUGCCAGGUCAGUGGGAGCCCACCCCACUACUUCUACUGGUCUCGUGAGGACGGACGGCCUUUGCCUAGUAGCACCCAGCAGCGACAUCAAGGUUCUGAGCUCCACUUCCCCAGUGUCCAGCCCUCGGACUCUGGAGUCUACAUUUGCACCUGUCGUAAUCUCCAUCACGCCAAUACCAGCCGGGCAGAACUGCUGGUCACUGAGGCUCCAGGUAAGCCCAUCACAGUGACAGUGGAGGAGCAGCGGAGCCAAAGUGUGCGCCCCGGAGCCGAUGUCACCUUCAUCUGCACAGCCAAGAGCAAGUCUCCGGCUUACACCUUGGUGUGGACCCGCCUGCACAAUGGGAAACUGCCAGCCCGAGCCAUGGAUUUCAACGGCAUCCUGACCAUUCGCAAUGUCCAGCCAAGUGACGCGGGCACCUAUGUAUGCACCGGCUCCAACAUGUUCGCCAUGGACCAGGGCACAGCCACACUGCAUGUGCAAGCCUCAGGCACCCCAUCUGCCCCCGUGGUCUCUAUCCACCCACCGCAGCUCACAGUGCAGCCUGGGCAGCUGGCCGAGUUCCGCUGCAGCGCCACAGGGCACCCCACGCCCACCCUUGAGUGGACAGGGGGCCCUGGUGGCCAGCUUCCUCAGAAGGCACAAGUCCAUGGUGGUAUCCUGCUCCUGCCAGCUGUCGAGCCCUCGGACCAAGCACAGUACCUGUGCCGUGCCCACAGUAGCACCGGGCAACAUGUGGCCAGGGCCAUGCUCCAUGUGCAUGGGGGCAAUGGGCCCAGGGUCCAAGUGAGUCCAGAGAGGACCCAAGUGCACGAAGGCCGCACUGUCAGGCUGUACUGCAGGGCUGCAGGUGUGCCCAGUGCCACCAUCACCUGGAGGAAGGAAGGGGGCAGCCUUCCCCCACAGGCCCGGUCUGAGCGCACAGACAUCGCCACGCUGCUCAUCCCAGCCAUCACGACCGCUGACGCCGGCUUCUACCUCUGCGUGGCCACCAGCCCCGCGGGCACCGCGCAGGCCCGGAUCCAAGUGGUCGUCGUUCCAGCUUCAGGUGCCAGCCCCCCGCCAGUCCGGAUUGAGUCCUCAUCACCCUCUGUGACUGAAGGGCAGACACUAGACCUCAACUGUGUGGUGGCAGGGCUGGCCCAAGCCCAGGUCAUGUGGUACAAGCGAGGGGGCAGCCUGUCUCCCCACACACAGGUGCACGGAACCCUACUUCGGCUCUCCCAGGUUUCCUCAGCUGAUUCCGGAGAGUAUGUGUGCCGAGUAGAGAAUGGGUCAGGCUCCAAGGAGGCCUCCAUCACCAUCUCUGUCCUGCACAGCACCCAUUCAGGCCCCAGCUACACCCCAGCUCCUGGUAGAGCCCCAGGUCAGGAAAAUACCCAGCCCAUCCGCAUCGAGUCCUCCUCCUCCCAUGUGGCUGAAGGGCAGACCCUGGAUCUGAACUGUGUGGUGCCCGGGCAGGCCCAUGCCCAGGUCACAUGGCACAGGCGUGGGGGCAGCCUCCCCGCUCAGCACCAGACCCACGGCUCGCUGCUGCGGCUGAACCAGGUGUCACCAGCUGACUCCGGCGAGUACGUGUGCCGAGUAGUCCUUGGCUCUAGGCCCUUAGAGACCUCUGUCCUGGUCACCAUCAAGGCCUCCGACUCCAGCACUGGCUCCAUACCUGCCCCAGGACCUGUCCCUCCUGUCAGGAUCGAGUCUUCAUCCCCCACAGUGGCUGAGGGGCAAACCCUGGACCUGAGCUGUGUGGUGGCAGGGCAGGCCCAUGCCCAAGUCACGUGGUACAAGCGUGGUGGCAGCCUCCCCGCCCGGCACCAGGUCCGCGGCUCCCGCCUCUACAUCUUCCAGGCGUCACCAGCUGACGCGGGCGAGUAUGUUUGCCGGGCCAACAAUGGUGUGGAGGCCUCCAUCACAGUCACAGUAACCGGCACCCAGGGAGCCAACUUUGCCUACCCUCCUGUUGGCACGCAGCCCAUCCGCAUCGAGCCCUCCUCCUCCCAUGUGGCUGAAGGGCAGACCCUGGAUCUGAACUGUGUGGUGCCUGGGCAGGCCCAUGCCCAGAUCACGUGGCAUAAGCGCGGGGGCAGCCUCCCUGCCCAGCACCAGACCCACGGCUCACUGCUGAGGCUAUACCAGGUGUCCCCAGUUGACUCGGGCGAGUAUGUGUGCCGCGUGGUAGGGGGCUCAGUGCCCCUGGAGGCCUCUGUCCUCGUCACCAUUGAGCCUGUAGGCUCCGUGCCUGCGCUCGGGGUUACCCUCCCAAUCCGGAUUGAGUCCUCCUCCUCACACGUAGCAGAAGGGCAGACCCUGGAUCUGAACUGCCUGGUCACUGGGCAGGCCCACGCCCAGAUCACAUGGCACAAGCGUGGGGGCAGCCUUCCUGCCCGGCACCAGGUGCAUGGCUCUAGGCUGCGGCUGCCCCAGGUGACUCCAGCCGACUCUGGGGAGUACGUGUGCCGUGUGGGCAGUGGCUCGGGCAUCCAGGAAGCCUCAGUCCUUGUCACCAUCCAACAGCGCCUUGGCCCCUCCCACUCCCAGAGUGUGGUAUACCCAGUCCGCAUCGAGUCCUCUUCAGCCUCCCUGGCCAAUGGACAUACCCUGGACCUCAACUGCCUGGUGGCCAGCCAAGCCCCCCACACCAUCACCUGGUAUAAGCGUGGAGGCAGCCUACCCAGCCGGCACCAGAUCGUGGGCUCCCGGCUACGGAUCCCCCAGGUGACACCAGCGGACUCAGGCGAGUACGUGUGUCAUGUCAGUAAUGGCGCCAGUUCCCAGGAGACCUCGUUGAUUGUCACCAUCCAGGGCAGCAGCUCCUCCCAUGUGCCCAGUGUCUCCCCACCGAUCAGGAUCGAGUCUUCGUCCCCCACGGUGGUCGAAGGGCAGACCUUGGAUCUGAACUGCGUGGUUGCUGGGCAGCCCCAGGCCAUUAUCACAUGGUACAAGCGUGGGGGCAGCCUUCCUGCCAGACACCAGGCCCAGGGCUCCCACCUUAGGCUGCACCAGAUGUCUGUGUCCGACUCGGGCGAGUACGUGUGCCGGGCAAACAAUAACAUCGAUGCCCGGGAGGCUUCCAUCAUGGUCCAAGUCUCCCCCAAUGCCGGCAACCCCUCCGCCCCUGGUGGUGCCGUGCCCGUCAGAAUUGAGUCAUCGUCUUCGCACGUGGCCGAAGGGCAGACCCUGGAUCUGAACUGUGUAGUCCCUGGACAGGCCCACGCCCAGGUCACAUGGCACAAGCGUGGGGGCAGCCUCCCAGCUCACCACCAGGCUCACGGCUCACGGCUGCGGCUGUACCAGGUGUCCCCAGCUGACUCGGGCGAGUACAUGUGCCGCGUGGUGAGCAGCUCUGGCUCCCUGGAGGCCUCGGUCCUGGUCACCAUUGAGGCCUCUGGCUCUAGCGCUGUUCCUGUCCCUGCCCCAGGCAGAACCCCCCCCAUUCGAAUUGAGACCUCCUCCUCCCAUGUGGCCGAAGGGCAGACCCUGGAUCUGAAAUGUGUGGUGCCUGGGCAGGCCCAUGCCCAAGUCACGUGGCACAAGCGAGGGGGCAGCCUUCCUGCCCGGCACCAGGUCCAUGGACCCCUGCUGAGGCUGAACCACGUGUCCCCAGCUGACUCUGGCGAGUACUCAUGUCAAGUGACCAGCAACUCAGAUACCCUGGAGGCUUCUGUCCUGGUCACAAUUGAGGCCUCCAGCCCAGGCCCCAUUCCUGCCCCAGGACUGGCCCAGCCCAUCUACAUUGAGGCCUCCUCCUCCCACGUGGCUGAAGGACAGACCCUGGACCUGAACUGUGUGGUUCCCGGGCAGGCCCAUGCCCAGGUCACAUGGUACAAGCGCGGGGGCAGCCUCCCCGCCCAGCACCAGACCCACGGCUCCCAGCUACGGCUCCACCACAUCUCCCCUGCCGAUUCCGGCGAGUACGUGUGCCGCGUAGUUGGCGGUUCAGGCCCCGAGCGGGAGGCCUCCUUCACAGUCACUGUCCCACCUAGUGCGGGCUCCUCCUACCGCCUUAAUAGCCCUGUCAUCUCCAUCGACCCACCCAGCAGCACAGUGCAGCAGGGCCAGGAUGCCAGCUUCAAGUGCCUCAUCCACGAUGGGGCAGCCCCCAUAACCCUUGAGUGGAAGACUCGGAACCAAGAGCUAGAGGACAACGUCCAUAUCAGCCCCAAUGGCUCCAUCAUCACCAUUGUGGGCACCCGGCCCAGCAACCACGGUGCCUACCGCUGCGUGGCCUCCAAUGCCUACGGCGUGGCCCAGAGCGUUGUGAACCUCAGUGUGCACGGGCCCCCUACGGUGUCUGUGCUGCCCGAGGGUCCUGUGCGAGUGAAAGUGGGAAAGGCCAUCACCCUGGAAUGUGUCAGCGCUGGGGAGCCCCGCUCCUCUGCUCGCUGGACCCGGAUCGGGACCCCCACCAACUUGGACCAGCAGAUGUUUGGGUUCGUGGACAGCCACACGGUGCUACAGAUUUCGUCAGCUAAACCAUCAGAUGCGGGUACCUAUGUGUGCCUAGCUCAGAAUGCACUGGGCACAGCACAGAAGCGGGUGGAGGUGAUUGUGGACACGGGCAACAUGACCCCAGGGGCCCCACAGGUCCAGGUUGAAGAAGUUGAGUUGACUGUGGAAGCUGGACACACGGCCACCCUGCGCUGCUCAGCCACAGGCAGUCCCAUGCCCACCAUCCACUGGUCUAAGCUGCGCUCCCCACUGCCCUGGCAGCACAAGCUGGAAGGUGACACACUGAUCAUCCCCCGGGUAGCCCAGCAGGACUCGGGCCAGUACAUCUGCAAUGCCACUAGCCCUGCUGGACAUGCUGAAGCCACCAUCCUCCUGCAUGUGGAGAGCCCACCGUAUGCCACCACAGUCCCGGAACACACCUCGGUGAGGGCAGGGGAGACGGUGCAGCUGCAGUGCCUGGCUCAUGGGACACCCCCACUCACCUUCCAGUGGAGCCGCGUGGGUGGCAGCCUCCCUAGGAGGGUGACGGCCAGGAACGAGGUGCUGCACUUUGAGUCUGUGGCCCCUGAGGACUCAGGCCGCUACCGCUGUCAGGUCACCAACAAGGUGGGCUCGGCUGAGGCCUUCACCCUGGUGCAUGUUCAAGGCCACUCCGGCUCUCUCCCUGCCACCGCCAUCCCAGCAGGAUCCACACCCACUGUCCAGGUCACGCCUCAGCUGGAAACCAAGAGCAUAGGGGCCAGUGUGGAGUUCCACUGUGCUGUGCCUAACGACCAAGAUACCCAGCUCCGUUGGGUCAAGGAAGGGGGUCAGCUGCCUUCUGGCCACAGUGUGCAGGAUGGGGUGCUCCGAAUCCAGAACUUGGACCAGAGCUGCCAAGGGACAUAUAUUUGCCAGGCCUAUGGACCAUGGGGACAUGCCCAGGCCAGUGCCCAGCUAGUUGUCCAAGCCCUGCCCUCAGUGCUCAUCAACAUCCGGACCUCCGUGCAGACUGUGGUGGUUGGCCAUGCUGUGGAGUUCGAGUGCCUGGCCAUGGGUGACCCCAAGCCUCAAGUGACAUGGAGCAAAGUUGGAGGACGACUGCGGCCUGGCAUCAUGCAGAGCGGAAGCAUCGUCAGGAUUGCCCAUGUGGAGCUGGCCGAUGCCGGACAGUAUCGCUGCACCGCUACCAACGCUGCCGGCACCACCCAGUCCCAUGUGCUGCUGCUGGUGCAAGCCUUGCCUCAGAUCUCAACGCCCCCAGAGGUCCGUGUGCCUGCUGGUUCUGCAGCCACCUUCCCCUGCAUGGCCUCUGGCUACCCUACUCCUGAUAUCAGUUGGAGCAAGCUGGAUGGUAACCUGCCACCCAAUAGCCGUGUGGAGAACAACAUGCUGCUGCUGCCCUCAGUUCAACCCCAGGAUGCAGGCACCUACGUCUGCACUGCUACUAACCGCCAGGGCAAGGUCAAAGCCUUUGCCAAUCUGCAGGUACCAGAGCGGGUGGUGCCCUACUUCACACAGACCCCCCACUCCUUCCUGCCGCUGCCCACCAUCAAGGAUGCCUACAGGAAGUUUGAGAUCAAGAUCACCUUCCGGCCUGACUCAGCUGAUGGGAUGCUGCUGUACAACGGACAGAAGCGGAUCCCAGGCAGCCGCACCAAUCUGGCCAACAGGCUGCCCGACUUCAUCUCCUUUGGCCUCGUGGGUGGAAGGCCCGAGUUCCGGUUUGACGCAGGCUCAGGCAUGGCCACCAUCCGCCACCCCACACCACUGGCGCUGGGCCAGUUCCACACCGUGACCCUGCUGCGCAGCCUCACCCAGGGCUCCCUGAUUGUGGGCAGUCUGGCCCCAGUCAACGGGACUUCCCAGGGCAAGUUCCAGGGCCUGGACCUGAAUGAGGAGCUCUACCUGGGAGGCUACCCUGACUAUGGUGCCAUCCCCAAAGCGGGGCUGAGCAGCGGCUUCAUAGGCUGUGUCCGGGAGCUACGAAUCCAGGGUGAAGAGAUUGUCUUCCACGACCUCAACCUCACAGCACAUGGCAUCUCCCACUGCCCCACCUGUCGGGAGCAGCCUUGCCAGAAUGGGGGCUGGUGCCAGGACUCGGAGAGCAGCAGCUACGUGUGCAUCUGCCCGGCUGGCUUCACUGGGAGCCGCUGUGAGCACUCCCAGGCCCUGCAUUGCCACCCAGAGGCCUGUGGGCCCGACGCUACCUGUGUGAACCGGCCUGAUGGUCGAGGCUACACCUGCCGCUGCCACCUGGGCCGCUCCGGGCCCAGGUGUGAGGAAGGUGUGACCGUGACCACCCCAUCCAUGUCUGGCACUGGCUCCUAUCUGGUGCUUCCUGCCCUCACCAACACACACCAUGAGCUACGCCUGGACAUUGAGUUCAAGCCACUGGCACCCAACGGAAUCCUGCUGUUCAGCGGAGGGAAACGCGAGCCUGUGGAAGACUUUGUGUCCCUGGCAAUGGUUGGUGGUCACCUGGAGUUCCGCUACGAGUUAGGGUCAGGGCUGGCUGUUCUGCGGAGCACAGAGCCACUGGCCCUGGGCCGCUGGCACCGUGUGUCUGCCGAGCGCCUCAACAAGGACGGCCGUCUUCUGGUGAACAGCGGGCGCCCUGUGCUGCGCUCCUCACCAGGCAAGAGCCAAGGCCUCAACCUGCACACCCUCCUCUACCUCGGUGGCGUGGAGCCCUCUGUGCAGCUGUCCCCAGCCACCAACAUGAGCACUCCCUUCCAUGGCUGCAUUGGCGAGGUGUCAGUGAAUGGAAAGCGGCUAGACCUCACCUACAGCUUCCUGGGCAGUCGGGGCGUCGGACAGUGCUACGACAGCUCCCCGUGUGAGCGCCAGCCUUGCCAGAACGGCGCCACGUGCUUUCCUGCUGGCGAGUAUGAGUUUCAGUGCCUAUGUCGAGACGGCUUCAAAGGAGACCUCUGCGAGCAUGAGGAGAACCCCUGCCAGCUCCGUGAGCCCUGUCUGCAUGGGGGCACCUGCCAGGGCACCCGCUGCCUCUGUCCCCCCGGCUUCUCUGGCCCACGCUGCGAACAAGGCCCUGGACAUGGCACAACGGAGUCCGAGUGGCAUCUUGAAGGCAGUGGGGGCAAUGAUGCUCCAGGACAGUACGGAGCCUAUUUCGACGAUGGUGGCUUCCUAGCCCUCCCCAGCUACGUCUUCUCCAGGAGCCUGCCCAGGGUGCCUGAGACCAUCCAGCUGGAAGUUCGGACCAGCACAGCCAGUGGCCUCCUGCUCUGGCAGGGCAUGGAGGUGGGAGAGGCAGGCCAAGGGAAGGACUUCAUCAGUCUCGGGCUUCAGGAUGGGCACCUUGUCUUCAGCUACCAGCUGGGCAGUGGGGAGGCCCGCCUGGUCUCUGAGGACCCCAUCAAUGACGGCGAGUGGCAUCGGGUGACAGCGCUGCGAGAGGGCCGGAGAGGUUCCAUCCAGGUGGAUGGUGAGGAGCUGGUCAGCGGCCAGUCCCCAGGCCCGAAUGUGGCGGUCAAUACCAAGGGCAGCAUCUACAUCGGCGGAGCCCCCAACGUGGCCACACGGACCGGGGGCAGGUUCUCCUCGGGCAUCACAGGCUGUCUCCGGAAUCUGGUGCUGCACUCUGCUGGCCCCGGCGCCCCUCCCCCACAGCCACUGGACCUGCAGCACAGCGCCCAGGCGGGGGCCAACACGCGUCCCUGCCCCUCGUAGGCAGCUGCCUGCCCACAAGGACUCCUGGGCAGCACCCCAGCCCCACAACAUCGAGUCUAUUAUUAUUAAUAUUAUUAUUAUGAAUAUUUUGUAAGAAACUGAGGCGAUGCCACGCUUUGCUGCUACUGCCCUGGGCUGGACUGGAGGGUAGACAUGCCACCUCGCAGACAACACACCUGGGCAAAGCUGCAGGCUGGGGAACAGGGCAGGCUGGAUGGAGCAGGUGCCUCAGAAGGGCAGGCAUGGUGGCUGAGUGGCCUCAGAAGUGCCCCCACCAGCAGAGCCUCCAUGCCAGAGGUAGGCCGCCCGUUUCUACAGCCCUCGGGCAGCCCUUGUCCCAACCUCAGCGUACAGCCUGGGUCCUCACCAGCCACUAGGAGCAAAGGGCGUCGCAAUGGCUUUUGCCACCCUCGCCUGGGUAGCAAAAGCUCUUUAGUGCCAACUGUGGAGCAAAAGGCAGCUCACCAUUGGACAGGCAGCCCCCACCCGUUAGCCCCUGUCCCAGCCCCCCUCCACCUUCACCUUUGCCUGCCCAGCUGGUCUGCAUUCCCCCACCCAACACCUAGCCCAGAGCCCCUGCCUUCAGGGGCUACAAGGGAAACCACCCCAGCUCUUACCAGGAGCUGCUAAAGGCAGAGCCCAGCACUGAGAGAGUCUCUGCCACACCCCCCACUGAUCUGGAAGUGAAGGCCCCAGAGGCAUGAGGGGAUAAGGGUGUCAGUGGUUGGAAAGAGCUAGUGCCUUGGUUGGGGGAAGCGAGGACUCAUUACAGCGAGACAGGAAGGGGCCAUGACAGCCCUGCCCCACCUGGGAACCUGAGGGCCCAACUGGGGGCAAGCACCCUCCGCACCAGCAACCCCCAGAUGUUGGGUUUCUGUGUCCAGAAGGGACCCUCCUGUGGUCUUUGUCUUGAUCUUUCUUAAUAAAUGGUGCUAUCCCCGCCAGGGCAGUCCCCUGUGUCUUUGA